AUGGCGCUGGCUUUCGAUGAGUAUGGCCGGCCGUUCAUCAUUUUGAGAGAGCAGGAUCAGAAGACUCGUCUUAAAGGCAUCGAUGCUCAGAAGGCCAACAUUGCCGCCGGAAAAGCUGUGGCUCGGAUCCUCCGCUCCUCUCUCGGUCCAAAGGGCAUGGACAAAAUGCUUCAAGGACCCGACGGAGACGUCACCAUCACAAACGACGGUGCAACGAUCUUGGAGCAGAUGGAUGUGGACAAUCAGAUUGCUAAAUUGAUGGUAGAGCUAUCCAGGAGCCAGGACUAUGAGAUCGGCGAUGGCACAACAGGUGUUGUUGUCGUCGCUGGUGCGCUUCUCGAGCAGGCUGAACGUCAAUUGGAUAGAGGGAUCCAUCCAAUUCGUAUCGCUGAAGGAUACGAAAUGGCUUCUAGAGUCGCUGUUGAGCACUUGGAGCGAAUCUCUCAGAAGUUUGAGUUCGAUGCUGAUAACUUCGAGUCUCUUGUUCAAACUUGCAUGACUACUCUAUCCUCAAAGAUUGUGAAUCGAUGUAAGCGCAGUUUAGCUGAAAUUGCUGUGAAGGCUGUUCUUGCCGUUGCUGAUUUAGAGAGGAAAGAUGUUAAUUUGGAUUUGAUUAAGGUAGAAGGGAAAGUUGGCGGUAAGCUUGAGGACACUGAGCUUAUAUAUGGGAUUUUGGUCGACAAAGACAUGAGCCAUCCGCAAAUGCCAAAGCAAAUCGCAGAUGCCAACAUUGCUAUCUUGACUUGCCCCUUUGAGCCACCGAAGCCGAAGACAAAGCAUAAGGUGGACAUUGACACAGUGGAGAAGUUUGAGACUUUGCGCAAGCAAGAACAGCAGUAUUUUGACGAGAUGGUGCAAAAGUGCAAGGAUGUUGGUGCUACACUGGUUAUUUGUCAAUGGGGUUUCGAUGAUGAGGCAAAUCAUCUACUGAUGCACAGGAACUUACCAGCUGUCAGAUGGGUUGGGGGUGUUGAGUUAGAGCUUAUCGCCAUUGCCACGGGUGGGAGAAUUGUUCCGAGAUUCCAGGAGUUGACCCCAGAGAAGUUAGGGAAGGCUGGUUUGGUUCGCGAGAAGUCAUUUGGCACAACGAAAGAACGAAUGCUGUAUAUUGAGCAUUGUGCAAAUUCAAAAGCUGUUACCAUAUUCAUUCGUGGAGGUAACAAAAUGAUGAUCGAAGAAACAAAACGCAGUAUCCACGAUGCUUUGUGCGUGGCACGGAAUCUCAUCCGCAGCAAUUCAAUCGUCUAUGGUGGUGGUGCAGCUGAGAUUGCCUGCUCACUUGCUGUUGACGCAGCUGCUGAUAAAUACCCUGGUGUUGAACAGUAUGCAAUUAGGGCGUUCGCAGAAGCCUUGGACUCUGUCCCUAUGGCUCUUGCAGAGAACAGUGGGUUGCAGCCCAUCGAGACACUCUCAGCUGUAAAAUCUCAGCAAAUUAAGGAGAACAUUCCAUUCUACGGGAUAGAUUGCAACGACGUAGGAACAAACGAUAUGAGAGAGCAAAACGUGUUCGAAACGCUGAUAGGGAAGCAGCAGCAGAUCUUGCUUGCAACACAAGUAGUUAAGAUGAUUCUCAAGAUCGAUGACGUUAUCUCCCCAUCUGAAUUCUGA